CCAGGAAUCCAGACGGUGUUUGGAGAGGGGGCGGCGGGGGCGGCUGGUAAUUAGUGUAAACCCUUUGUCUGCCUUUGAUACGCACAGCUCCUACUAGCGCUGGGCUUCCCUCGCCUGGAGCGCGGCGCCGAGGGGGGCCCGGACCCCGGCUCUGUGGCCGAGACCCGGGGCUCCCGUAGGCCUGCCUGCGCCCUGAACCGCGUCCAGUUCCGCUCCCAGUGACCGCACCCCUAACCCCAGGUCUGAUCGGCAGCGAGAUGAUGCGGUGCCCUGCGCUGCUGCUGUUGCUGCCGCCGCUGCUGCUGGGGGCCACCGCCGCGCGAGGUCCCCCAAGAAUGGCAGACAAGGUGGUCCCACGGCAAGUAGCUCGGCUGGGUCGCACAGUGCGGUUGCAGUGCCCAGUGGAGGGGGACCCGCCACCGCUGACCAUGUGGACCAAGGAUGGCCGCACCAUCCACAGUGGCUGGAGCCGCUUCCGUGUGCUGCCCCAGGGGCUGAAGGUGAAGGAGGUGGAGGCUGAGGAUGCGGGCGUGUAUGUGUGCAAGGCCACCAAUGGCUUCGGCAGUCUCAGUGUCAACUACACCCUCAUUGUGAUGGAUGAUAUCAACCCAGGGAAGGAGAGCCCAGGGCCCAGUGGCUCCUCCGGGGGCCAGGAGGACCCAGCCAGCCAGCAGUGGGCUCGGCCCCGCUUCACACAGCCCUCCAAGAUGAGGCGCCGGGUUAUUGCACGGCCUGUGGGAAGCUCUGUGCGACUCAAGUGUGUGGCCAGUGGGCAUCCUCGGCCCGACAUCACAUGGAUGAAGGACGACCAGGCUUUGAUGCGCCCAGAGGCCAGUGAGCACAGGAAGAAGAAGUGGACCCUGAGCUUGAAGAACCUACGGCCCGAGGACAGUGGCAAGUACACGUGCCGCGUAUCGAACAGGGCGGGCGCCAUCAACGCCACCUACAAAGUGGAUGUGAUCCAGCGGACCCGUUCCAAGCCCGUGCUCACAGGGACACACCCUGUGAACACAACAGUGGACUUUGGGGGGACAACAUCUUUCCAGUGCAAGGUGCGGAGUGAUGUGAAGCCUGUGAUCCAGUGGCUGAAGCGGGUGGAGUACGGCUCCGAGGGCCGCCACAACUCCACCAUCGAUGUGGGCGGCCAGAAGUUUGUGGUGCUGCCCACGGGUGAUGUGUGGUCACGGCCUGAUGGCUCCUACCUCAACAAGCUGCUCAUCUCUCGUGCCCGCCAGGAUGAUGCGGGCAUGUACAUCUGCCUGGGUGCCAACACCAUGGGCUACAGUUUCCGUAGCGCCUUCCUCACUGUGUUACCAGACCCCAAACCGCCGGGGCCUCCUGUGGCCUCUUCGUCCUCGACCACAAGCCUGCCAUGGCCUGUGGUCAUUGGCAUCCCAGCUGGUGCUGUCUUCAUUCUGGGUACUGUGCUACUGUGGCUCUGCCAGGCCAAGAAGAAGCCAUGUGCUCCUGCCUCUGCACUCCCCGUGCCUGGGCACCGCCCUCCAGGAGUGCGUGACCGCAGUGGGGACAAGGACCUGCCUGUGCUGGCUGUGGGACUCUGUGAAGAGCAUGGUCCCCCUGUUGCUCCUCAGCACCUCCUGGGCUCAGGAUCAGCUCCUGGUCCCAAGCUGUACCCUAAGCUGUACACAGAUGUGCACACACACACGCACACACACUCGCACACACACUCCCACGUGGAGGGCAAAGUCCACCAGCACCAGCAUGUCCACUACCAAUGCUAGACACAGCCACGCCCUGAGUGCCAUGCCGUGAAGUGGGCAUAUGGAAUCUAAGAAGACAGGCUGGGAGCAAGGGGUAUAGAGAAUGAUGGAGGGAGAGCUGGAGUGCCUGUGGGAGGCACUCACAUAUUUAGCCGUAUAGAUGGACAUACUGCCAGACAGACAGACAUCUAGACUGACACACACACACACACACACACACACACACACACACACACACACACACACAGCCUGAGAAGUCUUCAGGAAGAUUUGUUGUGUGACUUUGCAGUGACAUGUAGCAAUGGCUAGUUGAAGGAAUCUCCUGGUUAUGGUGGCCAUGGCCACUUCCCCAUCCUGCCCACCUGUGUCCCUGCCUGGUCUUGAUGGCUACGUUUGUCUCUGCCUAUGCUGGGUGUCAAGGCGUGUACCAGCACCCUGGCUGGGGUAGAGCAGUGCAGCCAGACCCAGAGGCUGGAGCUGCACUCUGGCUGCCAGCAAGAAAGGCCUCGGUAUUUAUAUUUCAGAAGUGAAGAUAAUAUUAAUGAUGAUGGAAGGAGGGCUGGGCCACAAGGACCAUGGUUUCUUGCCUGGCUUUGUGGCCACACUGAGUGUCCUCACCCCCUUGUGGGCCAGGUAUCCACUAUCCCCUGCCCAUGGUGGCCCUGGUCUCUAAUUUUAUAUAGAGUUUGAGCUGAAGCCUCAUAUAUUUAAUUUAUUUUGUUAAACAAGAAAAUGCCUCUUUUCCUCA